AUGUCGUUGAAGGAUUUCAUAACGCUGCUGUGCAUUUUGUCGUUGGGCGGUGUGUACGGGGUGACGGAGGAAGUAGUAAAUUUACAUGAUUUACAAGUUAAGACGACGGCCGGGUGUGACGUUGAUGUCCCAGUCAAGGAUUUAAGUAAUAUUCACGAAAAUAAGUUAUUGGAAAAACCUAAAGAGAACAGCACAGAACACAAAAACGAAGAGGCGUCUACUUUGCGGGUUUCAAACACGGAACUGAGCGGUAGUGGAAACAGCAAUUUAACUGAGAGUGAACCGUCGUCCGUGCAUGCACGCAAACUACCCAACUUGGGCAUCAAGUCAAAGCGGCCGGCAACGCUUUUCGCGCCCGAGUCGAAGCCUUUCAAUAUACUCAGUCAACUGCAAUUGGAUGAAGUACGUGAUGCGCAAGAGCAGCUUCUGCUCAAUCCGGCAAAAUUGAAAGCAGGGAAGAAAUUGAAAAAGAAGAAAAAGAAGAAGAAAAAGAAAAAGAAGAACAAGAAGAAACCGAUCGGUGAGGACGCUACAAUUUUCUAUACACAGCUCACUACAAAGCGACCACAUUAUUAUUACACGAUUACAACCACCAAGGUGCCGAAGAAGAUCAAGUAUAUCGUGCGCAAAAAGAACACGCUAAAAAAGAAAAAGAAGGAAUAUCUCAAUCACUUGAAGCAUGUGCUCUACCCUUUCAUCAAGUUUAUCGCCUUCUUUACGGUACUCAAUCCAUUCACAUUGAAAGUUUUCCUCUUUGCGCUCAUUUCGCCAGUUGUCUUUGGGUUUCUAGGUUUUAUGGCGCUUAGCUUCAUGAUAAAACCGGGACUGCAUCUGCUUUUCGAUGUGAAAAAGCGCGUAGACAUCAUCAAGCGAAAGAAAUGGCGUGAGAAAAAGCGCCGCGAACAUUGGCUCCACGGUCGUCGGCCGAUCACCAUCCACAAGCACUACUAUAAGAAUGUGGUUGUGCCAAAACCACACAAACCGCACCCGCCACCGCAUAUAUUGUCGCAUCCACCUUCGCAUAUAUUAUCACAUCCACCACCGCCAAGUUGGCCCGAUUGGAUGCGUUCGGAUCAAAUUAAUUUCAAACCAAAACCACAGAUUCAAAGCCCACCGAAAGGGAUCAUUCGGAAUACACACCACGAACGUCUUAGACCGACAAACCUACAGUUUAAUCCGAUAUUACCCGAGGUUGAAGAUGAAAUUGAGGAUUGGCCUUAUGGAUCAACACCAUUCGGUGGAAGACCACCGCCGAAAGUUGAACACGCAUCAAUCCAGUUUAAACGCCCACGACCAAAGUUGCGACAUCGCAAUCACUUUGUUCCGCCACGUUAUGAAAAGACACACGACGAUUCACUUUCUCAAGGCUCGUCUGCAGGUUUUGAGGACGCUCCCUUUCUGUAG